AUGAACAACAACAGCAACCGUCGUGCUCCUCUUAUCCAAAAGCUCACCAUGACCAUGGUGGAUCCUCGAGACGGCUCCUUGGUGAUUAUUGGGGUCCGAGCCAAGAUUCCUGACGGUACUGGUCCACUCCAAGUCGAACUGCUUCCAGUUAUCGGCUCUUUCGAUGAGGAAGCUGUGGGCUUCGCUCCCAUCCGUGACCAAGAGCGUGACGUGAGUUUGCCUCGCAUUCCUUGCCCUCCCCUUGUCGACUUGACCAACGAAGAAGGCCCUCCCCUUGUCGACUUGACCAACGAGGAAGAUGAAGAAACCAAGAGUGAGACCAACGAGGAUGAAGAGCCGUCGGAUGAAGAGUCGACGGAUGAAGAGCCGUCGGAUGAAGAGCCUUCGAAUCCCGAGGAGGAAGCUUUCGAGGAGAAAGAGUCUUCGGAUGACAGUGAAGAUGAAAGCGCUUUUGCCGAAGACUUCGCUGAGCUGGACACCGUCGAUGAAGCCGAGACUGUGGCGGUGGAAAACAAUACUGCUGCUCGUCUCCCGACUCGUCUCCCAACUCGCCGCAACCCUCGUCGCAGUCGUCGCAAUACUCGUGCAGCCCAAUUGGAUGAAGAUGAUGCCGACUUGGCAGUCUUCCCCAUGUCGCAAGACUACUUCUAA